CCUGUCCCUGAACCAGGGGGAAGCUUCCAUAUAUAACUAGGUUGAUGACUGCCCUUCCCCCCCAAAAAAGCGUGCAGGGAACAAAAUAAAAGUUAGAUGACAUGGAUUUCUAAAAAGAAAAGAAAAAGGGAAAUUAUAUAAAUAGCAUAAAGCAGAGAAGACACUUACGCAAAAAAAAAACUGUCUAUUUUUGAAUAAGUGCAAAACAGAAGAAUAAUUAGAUAGGAUUCUUUGGAUAGUUUAAUUUUUUCAACCGCUAAGAAUUCUCUAUAUUUUUUAUUAUAGAAAUAUAACACCUUUGUAGAAUUUCUCUACAACCAAGAGGGUGGGCAACUCGAUACCUUUUCCUAGUGAGAGAGCAGUAGAGUGAGUUCGAAGGUAAAGUUCAUGUUGAAAAGUUGAGAAAGAGAUCAUUUAAAAGGAGGGGAUCAGCAAGUGGAAGAAGAAAGAAGAGCUAGCAAGUUUGAGAAGGAUCAAAAAUCCAGAAAGUAGAGGGAGAAAAAGAGCAAACAACAACAUGGAGAACCAAAUUGAUCAAGGAUUCUUCUUUCAAUCAGAAAUAUCUAUGGCUACUUCUCAAAUGCAAUCAUGGCCAAGCCCAUGCCAGUUCUCUCCUAACUAUGACAACAGUCCGUUUUCGUCGCUUCCUCCUCCUCCUCCUUCGAUCUAUGGUGAUUUCUAUCCUCGUAGGGUUUACAAUGGUAUGCAAUUCUCCUAUGAUCAUGGGAUUAUGGGGAACAAUCCGUUAUUGGAUCCGUUAGGGUUGACUGGUUCUACGAGCUCUUUCGGGAGUCUGCAGACGGAGUUGAUCAGCAAGAUGAGUGCACAGGAGAUAUUGGAUGCUAAGGCUCGGGCCGCGUCGAAGAGCCAUAGCGAGGCUGAGAGGAGGAGGCGGGAGCGGAUCAACGCUCAUCUUGGUAGAUUACGCAGCUUGCUUCCAAGCACAACCAAGACUGACAAAGCAUCACUAUUAGCUGAAGUUAUCCAACACCUAAAAGAGCUCAAACAGCAAACAUCCGCAAUGGCCGAAGAGAACCCUCUCCCAACCGAGUCUGACGAGCUAACCGUCGUCGCGACAAGCAACAACAACGGACAGUUCAUCGUCAAGGCUUCUCUCUGCUGUGAGGACCGCUCUGAUCUCAUGUCCGACGUCGUCAAGGCUCUCAAAUCUCUUAACCUCCGAACCCUAAAGGCCGAGAUCACCAGUCUCGGUGGUCGAGUUAAGAACGUUCUUAUUAUCACUGGUGAUGAUGAGUCAUCUCAUGAUGACAAUCGACAGUUGUCAAUCUCAUCCAUUCAAGAUGCGCUUAAGGCUGUCAUGGAUCGGAGUUCUGCAGGCGAUGAGUCCUCCAUUAAGAGACAGAGGACCAGCAACUUGACAAGCUUGCUUCAUCAGAGGUCUUUAUAAUUAGUUUAGUUCAAUACGACACACUUAAUAACUAUAUAUAUAUAUAGCGUGAACUAUGGGUGGUUUAAGGGCCUGUAGGGUUUUUAAGGGUUUUCUUGGUUUUAUAUACACGAAGUUGCUCA